AUGGCUGGCAACUUGUUCUCCCGGUUCGUUCCCGGGAAGGAUGACGGGCCCUUCUAUGACCAACUUCAUGACGACGACGAUAUCGACAUCGAGAAUAGAGCCGGUCUGGCACUAGACGAAGAAAACCUGGCCCACCAGUUUCACGCCGACGAUUUGCAGGAUGCAGCUGGCCUCGGUAUCGACGACAGUCGAGUAUCCGUCGGCAGUACGCUCAAUCCUCCCAAAGACAGGCGCGGCCCCGUGCGACGAGGCAGGCAGAAUCCCGGCUCGAGGUGGUUAGCAGCUGACGACGAUGGCGACAAUGAAGUCCCGGCUUCGCUUCUGGUAGAACCAGGUGCCGCUUUAGGAGCAGCUGCCACCAUUACUACUGCCCCGACGCAUUCGCCGACAUCAGGGCCACGACCUUCCAUACGCACGGCCGUUCCUGGUCCAUCUAGCCGAAGGACUCAAGCGCAGUGGGAAACUGCACAAGCACAGCAAAGACUACACCGCGAUGAUGACUUUGGAGCUGCAACUCGUGUUAGACGACCGAGUGCCCCCGCAAGACGACUGGGCCUGAACGUCAACCCCAAGGACAAAGCCAUGUUCAGAUGGGCUAAUGUCUCUAACCUGGAUGCUUUCACAAACGAGGUCUAUAACUAUUACCUAGGAGCCGGAUUCUGGUGCAUAAUGCUCGACAAUCUUUUGCAUAUUGUCAAGGUUAUCUUCAUGGCCAGUCUAUUGACUCUGCUCACACAAUGCAUCGAUUUUGGCACAAUCCGCCAUAGCAAAAGCCUGGCUCAGGUCAUGAUUCCGAAGUGCACCAAGAACAUGUGGGGGAUUUGGAACUUCGGACUCUGGUGUACUACUUUUUAUGUCGUGUGGAAGCUCAUACAAUAUGCGCUCGAGAUACCACGACUGAUGCAUCUUCGCGACUUCUACGUCUACCUGCUAGAAAUCCCCGAAGACGACAUGCAGACUGUCUCAUGGCAAGACGUCGUGUCAAGAAUCACUGGCCUGAGGGAUCAAAACGUCAAGACCGCCAGCAAUAUCACCCCAAGCCAGCGUCGAUUCUUGUCCAAGCAACUGGGUCGGCAUAUGGUCGGUUCUGCCAAGGAGAGGCUAGAUGCUCACGACAUCGCCAAUAGGCUCAUGCGGCGGGAAAACUACAUCAUAGCACUAUUCAACAAGGACAUACUUGACCUUACUGCCCCUAUCCCCUUUUUGCGGAGUCGCCAAUUUAUGUCUCGUUCGCUACUGUGGACCCUCCAGUUUAGUAUCCUGGAUCUUGUCUUCAACGAAAGCAGCCAGGUCCGACCACAGGUUCUGAAGUCGGACCACCGAGGCGUGCUUAGUCGGGAGCUGAGAAAGCGCUUCGCAUUCGCAGCAACCAUGAAUCUCAUACUCGCACCGUUCUUUGCUGCUUUCCUCCUCAUUGAUUUCAUAUUCACAUACUACAAUGAGUUCAAGACCAACACUUCCGCAGCGGGCAUGCGCCAGUACACGCCCUUGGCCGAAUGGAAAUUCAGGGAAUUCAACGAACUACCACAUAUAUUCAAAGAACGAUUGAACAUGUCGUAUCCCUAUGCCAAGCAUUACGUCGACCAAUUUCCCAAGCUCAAGACUGAAUCUGCUGCUAGGACUCUCCGGUUCAUCACUGGCGCCAUCAUUGCUAUAUUGGCGACUGUUGGUUUCUCGGAUCCCGAGAUGUUCGUGGAUUUCGAGAUUUUCCCCGGCCUCAAUGCCCUCGCGUUUCUUGCUAUCUGCACAACCACAUGGGCCAUUGCUCAGGGCCAGAUCUCGGAAGACCAGAACGUUUUUGACCCGGAAUAUGCGAUGCGCAAUGUCAUCGAGUACACGCACUAUGAGCCAGACCAAUGGAAGGGUCGGCUUCACAGCUAUGAGGUCAAGACGGAAUUUGACGUCAUCUAUAAACUCAAGAUAGUCAUCUUCUUGGAGGAGGUCUUAGGUAUUCUUGUGACCCCUUUGAUACUGUUCUUCAGCCUUCCAAGAUGUGCAGAUCAAAUCGUGGACUUCUUCCGAGAGUUCACAAUUCAUGUUGACGGGCUAGGGUACGUAUGCUCGUUCGCAGUGUUUGAUUUUCAGAAGGACCCAAAGAACACACGCCCCCAAGGAAACACGAGCGAUGCCCGUGAAGAUUAUUACGCUACGAAGCAUAACAAGAUGGCAGCUUCCAUGCAUGGCUUCUUGGACAAUUAUGUCUAUAACCCGAGGUCUGGCCUGCCCGGAGCACAUCCGAUGGGUCUUGCUGGACGAUAUCCUUUCAACCCGCCGCCCGCGUUUCCCGGCCUCAAUUCUCCGACGCUGGCUGCAGACAUGCGAGCUUCUCGAAUGGGUCGGAAUGAUCAUGCUCGAAAUCGUGGUGCGCAGCCACAACAAACAGGAAAGACGCCACGCUUCGGCCCGGCAAUGCCACAGCCAUCGCCCAUGGCCUCGAUGCUCCUGGAUCCUCACAACCAGCCUUCAGCGUCCGUGCUGGCAGCAAGGGGGAGUCAUAGGGUUCGACAGCUACGUGCCCCUUACCUCGGAGAAGGAGGCAUCACCGAAGAGUCGAUGGAAGAAGGCGCCGCAGCAAGCACCUUACAACGACAAGGCACGACAUUUACGGAUGAGGAUGUUGAAGAUAGCGUGGCUCGCUUGGGCGAAUCUACUUGGGAGGGAAACCCCAGAAGAGCCCUCACUCGCGAGAACAGUGCAGCGGCGGACAGCGAGGAUGGGCCAGGCGUUGUUAGGAUGAUGCAGCAGUUCCAGCAGAUUGCCAUGAACAACCGGACUGGUGGAGUACUUUGA